GAUUCUAUGCAGUUUCUCUAAGCUUAAGAAUUCUUCUCCACCCAACUGCGUAACUGUGAAAGCUUGACUUGCAAAAGCUUUGCUCUCCGCCACCAAAAAAAAAAAAGACUCAAAAUUAAUGAAAUGAGCUCUAAGAGCAAGAGACCACCGCCUGACCCGGUGGCUGUGCUUAGAGGUCACUGUGCUUCUGUCUCCGAUGCUUGUUUCCAUCCUUCGAGACCCAUUUUAUUCGCCGGCUCUUCAGAUGGUGAGUUGCGGAUUUGGGAUACGGUUCAACAUCGCACGUUAUCAUCUUCAUGGGCUCAUAGUGCUGCACAUGGGAUUAUUGCUGUCGCUUGUAGUUCUUUGUUGGGGAACAACAAAGUUAUAAGGUGGUUUUCCACUUUUAGAUAUAUGGUUUCUGGAAUUAUAAUAAGCUAAAUGGUUUUUUUUCUUUCUC